UUUUUUUUUUUAUCUUUUAUCAAACAUGUGUAUGACCAAAUUCCAUUUCUCAAUUAUCCUCCUUAUUUGUCAUGCACAAUAGAUUUUAUAAUAAGAGGUAUUAACAAGACUUGUUUAUACCAUUAGAAAUCUUAAAUCUUUCUCUUGAGUAUGAAAGUGCUAAAUGUUAUCUUUGUUUGUUCUUGUCUAUCAAUCCUUCAUAAAAUAUCAUUUGCAGCUGAUACCUUGACUCAAAAUUCUUCAAUCAUAGAUGGCCAAGAACUCAUUUCUGCUAGACAAAUUUUUUCUCUAGGUUUCUUUAGUCCAGGAAGCUCAAAUAAAUACUACUUAGGGAUAUGGUACAAGAAUAUCACACCUCAAACAGUUGUUUGGGUUGCAAACAGAGAAAAACCACUUAAUAACUCAAGUGGAAAAUUAACCAUUGGUGCUGAUGGCAAUAUCGUACUUGUUGAUGGAGUAGGUAACAAGCUAUGGUUUACAAAUUCAUCAAGAUCAAUUCAAAAGCCACUUGUAAAGUUGUUAGAUUCUGGAAACUUGGUCUUGAUGGAUGAAGAGAGUUACAUAUGGCAAAGCUUUGAUUAUCCAACAGACACAAUGUUACCUGGCAUGAAGUUAGGUUGGGAUAAGAGCUCGGGGAUUGAUAGAUAUUUGACGUCGUGGAAGAGUGACGGUGAUGAUCCUUCUUAUGGAAGUUUUACUUACAACUUUGAUUACAAAGAGUUUCCGGAGUUGGUGAUUCGUCAAGGAAAGAAUAUCACAUUCAGAAGUGGGAUUUGGAAUGGCGUUCGUUUUAAUUCCGAUGAUUGGACAUCGUUUAGAGGAGUUACGGCUUUCAAGCCACAACUUUCGGUAACAAAGAAUGAGGUAGUGUAUUGGGAUGAACCUGGAGAUAGAUUGUCGAGGUUUACGAUGAGGGAUGAUGGAUUGUUGGAAAGAUAUAUAUGGGACAAUAACAUUGUUAAGUGGACUAAAAUGUAUGAGGCAAGAAAAGAUUUUUGUGAUAACUACGGAGCAUGUGGGAUGAAUGGUGUUUGUAAUAUUGAUGAUGUUCCUGUUUAUUGUGACUGUUUGAAAGGCUUCAAACCUCGAUCGCAAGACGAAUGGGAUUUGUUUAAUCGUUCCGGUGGGUGUAUUAGGAAAAUACCUUUGAACUGCACACAAGCUGAUAGGUUUCAGAAAUUUAGCAGGGUGAAAUUGCCUAUGUUGUUGCAGUUUUGGACAAAUAGUAGCAUGAGUCUCGAGGAAUGUGAGGUCGAGUGCUUGAAGAAUUGUUCUUGCACUGCAUAUGCAAACUCUGUCAUAAAUGAAGGACCUCAUGGUUGCUUGAUUUGGUUUGGUGACUUGAUUGAUAUUAGGUUGCUUAUAACUGAAGAUAGUGCACAACUUGAGCUUUAUGUAAGGUUAGCUGCUUCAGAAAUAGAUUCCACCACUAGUGCUAGUAAAAGGAGAAAGAUAGCAUUGAUUAUUUCUGCAUCCAUGGCAGUGUUUAUUUUGUGUAUCAUUUUCUACCUUUGCAAAAAGUAUGCUACAGUAAGAAAACGGAAGACCACUGCUGAUUUAGUAAAAAGAAACCAGAAUGAAGAGCAAGCGUCGCCUCUUUUUGAUAUAGAUAUCAUUCUAGCUGCUACAAACAGUUUUUCUAUUGAGAACAAGAUUGGAGAAGGAGGUUUUGGCCCAGUGUACAAGGGUAUAUUGUCUCAAGGACAAGAAAUAGCUGUGAAAAGGCUAUCAAAAACUUCAAAACAAGGAGUCACAGAGUUCAUGAAUGAAGUUGGAUUGGUCUCCAAGCUACAACACCGCAAUCUUGUGAGUGUUUUGGGAGGAUGUACUUAUGGAAAUGAAAGAAUGUUGGUCUAUGAAUACAUGCCUAAUGGUAGUUUGAACCACUUCAUUUUCGAUCCUACACAAGGGAAAAUUUUGCAGUGGAGGAAACGUUAUGAUAUUAUUACUGGAGUUGCUCGAGGACUACUUUAUCUUCAUCAAGAUUCAAAACUAACCAUCAUUCAUAGGGAUCUGAAAACUAGUAAUAUUCUACUUGACAGUGAAUUAAACCCCAAGAUUUCUGAUUUUGGUGUGUCACACAUCUUGGAAGGAGAUAGUUCAGCUGUAACAACGAAUAAAAUUGUCGGAACAAUUGGUUAUAUGUCUCCCGAGUAUGCGGUAAAUGGGCUCCUUUCCCUCAAGUCCGAUGUAUUUAGCUUUGGAGUUAUAGUGUUAGAGAUAUUGAGUGGCAUGAGAAAUAAUCACUUCAAGAAUCAAGAUCAUCCCCAUAAUCUCUUAGGACAGGCAUGGAUGUUAUGGAAAGAAGGGCGAGCAUUGGAAUUCAUCGAUGCGAAUAUGGACCUUACAAGCAUCCCAUAUGAAAUACUAAGGUGCCUACAAGUUGGUCUCUUGUGUGUUCAAAAGUUCCCCGGAGAUAGACCAGAUAUGUCUUCUGUGGUUUUUAUGUUAGGCAAUGAAAGUAUUGCACUUGCACAACCAAACAAGCCUGGCUUCUUUUCAGAUGAGAUAGAGUUUCAUGAUUAUAGUGAGAAGGACUCCUUUAGCAACAAUGCUAUGACUAUUACCUUAUUGGAAGCACGAAAUUAGUUUCCGAUUAGUCGCAUCUUCUCUAAACAUAACUGGUGUUAAAUGUAUUAGCAAAUUUUGUAGCAUUUUAUAUGUAACAUGUCCUUAUAUUAUGAAACAAUUUGAUAUGUCCCAUCCACAUAAAGUUGUGGAAAAAACUUGUAUUUAUAUUCAUUGAUCAAAGGAGAACAAUUCCUCUUUUCACAUUAGUUAACUUAAACAGUAAAUAUUAAAGAAUCAUUAACAAUGCUCCAA